AUGGCCAAUACUGAGACCAGGCCAACCUUGAAGAUUCAGCCCCGGAAACUUGAGGAGGUAUGUUUAGUCGAAUUAUUCCGCCCAAUGCAUGGUUAUAAAUGGGGUGCCUGUGGAUCGGGAGCCUGGCUGUGUAAUGGAUAUGGCAUCCACCAUCGGACACCGAGGCAAUCGAUCAACAUCGGGAUUCUGUUUCCCCCUGGUUAAGGGUUCUUUACUUGACGAAAUCGAGUGGAGCCUAGCGGUACACGCCUGCCUCCCGCCGGAGGAGCGGGUCCAAUGCGCUAACGGUAGGCGAGUGCUUACGCCUGGCCUAUUCGUGGCGGCAGGCGCUCAACAAACUGCACGCAGGCACGCCUGCAGUCACUAG